AACUUUGGCCUCUUCAGUUUGCAGAUCUCCAGAGGAGCCCACCAGCCUGGUCAACAUGGCCUCUGAAGACAUUGCCAAGCUGGCAGAGACACUGGCCAAAACACAAGUGGCUGGGGGACAACUGAGUUUCAAAGGCAAGAGCCUCAAACUCAACACUGCAGAAGAUGCUAAAGAUGUGAUUAAGGAGAUUGAAGACUUUGACAGCUUGGAAGCUCUGCGCCUGGAGGGCAACACAGUGGGCGUGGAAGCAGCCAAGGUCAUCGCCAAGGCCUUAGAGAAGAAGUCUGAGUUGAAGCGAUGCCACUGGAGUGACAUGUUCACAGGGAGACUGCGGUCCGAGAUCCCGCCAGCCUUGAUCUCACUAGGGGAAGGACUCAUCACAGCUGGGGCCCAGUUGGUGGAGCUGGACCUAAGUGACAACGCAUUUGGACCUGAUGGUGUGAAAGGCUUUGAGGCCCUGCUCAAGAGCUCAGCCUGCUUCACCCUGCAUGAGCUCAAGCUCAACAACUGUGGCAUGGGCAUUGGCGGCGGUAAGAUCCUGGCGGCGGCUCUGACUGAAUGUCACCGGAAAUCCAGUGCCCAAGGCAAGCCGCUGACCCUGAAGGUUUUUGUGGCUGGCAGAAACCGAUUGGAGAAUGACGGAGCCACAGCCUUGGCAGAAGCUUUUGGGAUCAUCGGGACUCUGGAGGAGGUCCAUAUGCCACAGAAUGGGAUCAAUCACCCUGGCAUCACUGCCCUGGCCCAGGCAUUUGCCAUCAACCCCCUGCUACGGGUCAUCAACCUGAACGACAACACCUUCACUGAAAAGGGUGCUGUGGCAAUGGCCGAGACCCUGAAGACCUUGCGGCAGGUGGAGGUGAUCAAUUUCGGGGACUGCCUGGUGCGCUCCAAGGGUGCCGUUGCCAUUGCAGAUGCCAUCCGUGGGGGCCUGCCCAAACUGAAGGAGCUGAACUUAUCAUUCUGUGAAAUCAAGAGAGAUGCUGCUCUGGCUGUGGCUGAGGCCAUGGCGGACAAAGCCGAGCUUGAGAAGCUGGACCUCAAUGGCAACACCCUGGGAGAAGAAGGCUGUGAGCAGCUUCAGGAGAUGCUGGAUGGCUUCAACAUGACUAAGGUGCUAGCAUCUCUGAGUGAUGAUGAGGACGAGGAGGAGGAGGAAGGAGAAGAGGAAGAGGAGGAAGGAGAAGAGGAAGAGGAGGAGGAAGAGGAGGAAGAGGAGGAGGAGGAGGAAGAAGAGGAAGAGCCACAGCAGCGGAGGCAAGGAGAGGAGUCAUGCACACCCUCAAGGAAGAUUUUGGACCCUAAUACUCGGGAACCAGCUCCUGUGCUGUCCUCCCCUCCUCCAGUAGACGUCUCCACCUUCCUGGCUUUCCCCUCUCCAGAGAAGCUGCUGCGCCUGGGGCCCAAGAGUUCCGUGCUGAUAGCCCAGCAGACUGACACAUCUGACCCAGAGAAGGUAGUCUCUGCCUUCCUGAAGGUGUCAUCUGUGUUCAAGGAAGAAGCCACAGUGAGGACAGCAGUGCAGGAUGCAGUAGAUGCCCUGAUGAAGAAGGCCUUCAGCUCCUCAUCCUUCAACUCCAAUGCCUUCCUCACCAGACUCCUGGUGCACAUGGGUCUGCUCAAGAGUGAAGACAAGAUCAAGGCCAUUGCCAACCUGUAUGGCCCCCUGAUGGCACUGAACCACAUGGUACAGCAGGACUAUUUCCCCAAGUCACUUGCACCCCUGCUGCUGGCGUUCAUGACCAAGCCCAACGGUGCCCUGGAAUCCUGUUCCUUUGCCCGCCACAAUCUGCUGCAGACGCUGUACAAAGUCUAGACUCAAACUCUCUCCCAUCCCUUGGCCUGGACCAGUGACCUGGGGAGGGACUCCUAUGACCUGAGGUGUAGCCCAUGCCAUCCCCUUAGACAGGACCCUGGCCAGAAGCAGGGACGGUCUUUGUCCUGUGUGUCCUGUCAAUCCCCCGAGUAUAUGUGUCGGUGUGGUGUGUGUGAUGGUAUAUACUUCCUGUCAGGAUUUGGGUUUUUAAUGUCUCCCUGCUGGCCUGGCUCCUGCUGUGGGGAGUUGGCACCCAGGGAAAGGGCUGUGAGCUCUCUGCCAUUAAACUUACCACCAUCUGAGGGUACCCUGCUGAUCUCUGCCUCAGGUUCAAGGCCCUGGUGGCUGUCCCCACCCACCUUGCCCUCAUGCCCCCCUUUCUGGUCUAUACCAGAGCCUGGGGAGUUGUCCAUGUGCUGUCCCUUCCCUGUGUUGUUGUGGUUGGGCUGCUUCCCACUCUCCCUGGGGCUGCUUCCUGUCACCAAGCCCUGGUCCUGCAGUGACCACCAUGCAGUGACCACCAUCCCUACCAUCCAAAUCUGCUGUGCUGACUGCUCAGCCUGAGGAACAGAAUGCCACAGGUGGUGCCGUGGGGUUGUCUGCAGAAAGGAAUCCCUUGGCUCCCACGCCAUGUGGACAGGCAGACAUCAGAAGCCAGAGUUACCUGGGACUGCACUGGCUUCUGGGCCCAGUGGGGCUCUCCCCUGUAUGCUGAGGAGACUUUCUGCAACUGGCCUGGGGACCGAGCUGCACCUCCAGACUAUUAAAGGACCUUCUGGGACUGGGGAGGGGUGGGGACUGGACUGGGCAGGAGAUAGCCUGUGACCCCACUGAGCGGCCCAUGCAACUGCCCUGUGCUUUCCCCUUUGUGCUGUGUGUGACUGGGCUGUGCCCAAGGGCUUCACAAAUAAAGUCAUGUGUGAAAGCA